UUACAGUAUCGACACAAAAUACAAUGUCUGCCUAAUACUUCACAAUGCCCUUCGUAUACGUAUAUAUUUAAUGGAAGUGUGUACUUGUGUUGGACUACUUCGUAGUACACAUCGUCUGGUGUCGCGUCAUUAUUUUCGAAAAAAAUGGAGAAUGUAGGGAAGAUCAUUAUAGUAUGGGGCAGAAAAAAAAUCGAAAUUCCAGACGUAAACCUGGGCGAUACCGUUCGCGGUCUGAAAGAACGAAUACACAAGGAAACUGGCAUCCUUCCGGAACGUCAAAAACUUUUGAACCUUCGAACCAAAGACAAAGCACCUGAAGAUGAGGAGAUUCUAAGGAACUUGGGUAUGAAGCCUGGAUUUAAGCUAGUGCUGAUGGGAUCUCGCGAAGAAGACAUUGCUAAAGCAUGUCACGCGCCAAAAGACUUACCUGAUGUAAUUAAUGACUUUAAGACUGAAGAGGAAGAGAUAGAAAUAGAAAAUGUUAAAAUAUGCUUAUUUCAAAUCCAAUGUAGAAUCGACUACUACAGGUUUGUAGAAUUAAAUCCCUUCAGAGAAGGCAAGAAACUACUGGUGCUCGAUAUAGACUACACCAUUUUCGAUCACAAAUCAACAGCAGGAAGUGGUGUGGAAUUGAUGCGUCCUUUCCUUCAUCAAUUUUUAACCCUGGCUUAUCUAAAUUAUGACAUAGUAAUUUGGUCUGCAACUAGUAUGAAAUGGAUCAAUGAAAAGAUGAAAGUGCUCGGAGUUUCCAAUAAUCCUUAUUAUAAAAUAGCAUGUCACCUUGACUCAAAUGCUAUGAUCAAUGUUCAUACAUCAAAACAUGGCACUAUCACAGCAAAACCACUUGCUAUCAUUUGGGGAAAGUACAAACAAUUUUCUGCAAAGAACACUAUCAUGUUUGAUGAUAUCAGAAGGAACUUUAUUAUGAAUCCACAAUCUGGAUUAAAAAUAAAACCAUUCAGACAUGCACACAUCACCAGAAAGAAAGAUAAGGAAUUGUUAAGAUUAUCUCAAUAUCUAAAACUAAUAGCCAAAGUGGAUGAUUUUCAGACACUUAAUCAUAGAAAAUGGCAGGAAUAUAUAAUCGAGAAAACCAAAGAGGAAAAGAAAAAUAAGGAAGGAAAUGAAGGAAGGAGCGAAUAAACAUCUUUUUUUUUUGAAGAUGUUAAAUGCUUGUGAAAUUUUAUGAAUUUUUUCAUUAUUCAAGAAAAUAAAUUUCAAGUAAAUGCAUCGACUAUCGCGGAUUCACCUGCAACGAUUUAAAUUUUUUUGGAAGAAGAACACGUGUAUAGAAAGGACAUCUUUUAAAUAUUCUUCCACGAACGACAUAUGAUGAUAUCGAUGAUGAACGUUAACUAAUCGUUAUUCGCAUAUUUUC